GAUGGAGGUGGAUGGAUAUGGAUAGCCGUUUGUUGUUGUAUUUUACUGUUUCGAUUUUAUUUUAUAAUAAUUACUGUUGUCUCCUCCCGCUUAUAGAGUGCUUUUUAUUAACGUAAAUUACACAUAGUCUUUCAAAAGUAUGACCGGCGACACAGAGAAAACCUAUUGCUUCAAAAAUGAAAACAAGUUUGUCGUCAAAAGUGGAUGUAAAAAACGUAUGUGGAGAUCUCUGAAACAAAUAUUGACGGCAGAAAGAGCACUUCCAUGGCCUAACGAAGCUGUUCUAUAUUAUUCUAUCAAUGCCCCGCCAACAUUCAAACCAACUAAGAAAUAUUCGGAUAUAUCUGGCCUUCCUGCUCCGUACAUAGAUCGUCACUCUAAGCUGUUUUACAGCAACGUGGAAGAGUUUGCUACAGUUAGAAGUUUACCUAUGGAUAUUACAGCUGGAUACCUUCAAUUGAGAGGAGCUAAUACAAUUGUAGGAUGAGCUACAAAGGCUUUGAGACAAGUGUUGAAAUAGACUUUGUGAACCUUUAUGUCACUGAAAUAAUCUUUAUGUAACUUUUAUAAAGUUCACAAUAAGGCUUUUCGUGAAGAUGAUUAGUUACCUAUAUUUAAAUAGUACAGAAUAUUUGCUGACUUCAUACCCACAGUAUUGUAAUCUAUGCUGAUAUUGUGAUAUUUACUUGUUCUGUAUGUAUAACAAUUUUAGUUACGUACAUCCUACUAAUAACAGAAAUUGUACUUGUAAGCUUUAUCUACAUAGAAGCUGUUGGUAAACCCUUUCAUUAAUAAAUAAAUAAUAUGAAUGUUCUUAAAUAAAAAGGUUACCCAACUGACAUAA